AUGUUUUUAUUUUCAAAAAAUUAUUAAUUCCAAGUAUAAAUUUGGAUAAUUCAAAUUAUGGCUGAUGACGGCAGAUUUCUUGUCAGUGGCUGGGAAGAUGACUUGAAUGAUAUAGAUUCCAACAGAAAUCCAGAGGAGAAAACGGAGAAAAGCUUUAUGAAAGCAGCCGAAGAUGGCAAAUUAGAAAGAAUAAAAGCUCUCCUCAAAGUUAAUUCGACGUUAAUACAUAUAACUGAUAAAGAUGGAUAUACUCCACUUCACCGAGCUUGUUAUGGAAAUCAUGUUGAAGUAGUUAGAUUUUUACUUGAAAAGGGGGCUGAUAUAGGUGCUAAAACCGAUGUCAAAUGGGAACCAUUACAUUCCUGUUGUCAUUGGAAUCAUAAAGAGGCUGGUGCUACAUUGAUUCAGUGGGGUGCAGAUGUAAAUGCAGAAUCUGAAGGAGGCCAAACACCUCUUCAUAUUGCUGCCGUUCAUGGAGCAGAUUAUGAUCUAGCUCAAAUGAUUCUUAUGCAUCCAUAUGUAAAUCCAAACAAACUGAAUAAUUCAAAUGAUACCCCUUCAGAUAUAGCAAAAAGAAGCUCAAAAUAUUAUAAUAUUUUCGAUAUGGCUGACCCAUUAUUAGAUUUGGCUAAUCUUGAAUUAUUAGAUGGUACUAAAGAAGAUGAAAAAAAUAUUUGAUUCAUGAGUUUUUAUUAAUAAAAGUGAUUAUGAACAAAUUGAAAACAUUCAUUUUACAAAAUAGACUUAUGAUUUCAUUGGUUCUAAAAAAAGGAAAGGACUUCUUAUUUUGAUACUGAAAAACUUAGCACUAAAUUUACAUCAUUCUUUUUAAAAGUAAAAAAUAAAUUAUCUGCAUUUUAUACAAAUAUAACAGAUGGUUUCAUUCACAAGUUUGUU